AAGAUUUUGAAGGACAGACACUGAAACACAAUGCAACCUAGCUUUUCCUCCAUAAUCGAUUAUUCCAUUCAUUUCAAUGGAGUUGCCUAAUCAGCAAACAGUUGAUUAUCCUAGUUUCAAGCUUGUGAUCGUCGGUGACGAUGGCACAGGAAAAACAACUUUCGUAAAGAGGCAUCUUACUAGAGAAUUUGAGAAGAAAUAUGAACCAACCAUUGGUGUUGAAGUGCAUCCAUUGGAUUUCUUCAGAAACUGUGGUAAGAUUCGUUUCUACUGCUGGGAUACUGCUGGUCAAGAGAAGUUUGGUGGUCUCAGAGAUGGAUACUAUAUUCAUGGAUAGUGUGUUAUUCUAAUGUUUGAUGUUACUGCAUGGCUGACAUACAAGAAUGUCCCUACUUGGCACCGUGAUCUUUGUCGGGUCUGUGAAAACAUCCCAUUUGUUCUUUGUGGAAACAAAGUUGAAUGUG